CAAAAAGAAUAAUAAUAAUAACAAAACAGUGAGACAACAAUUAUUAUCAUUUUAAAUUCCAACGAAAAAAUACUUUAAAAUUAUUAAAUACCAAUAAAACAUUCCUACAAAACACACAAAGAACUGAAACCUUAAAUAAUUACAAAAAUGUCGCCCUUUGAAAAUACAUCUGCCCUUAGUGCUACCCUCUCCACGACCACUUAUGUGGCACAGAAUUUCACCGCACCAUCACCAUCACAAUCCUCAUUUGAAGAUGAUUUUUAUGAAAUCAGCAGUUUAGUGCGUGUAACGGUACCAUUGUGCUUUGGAGUCAUUGCUGUAACCGGUUUCUUUGGCAACAUCUUGGUCAUACUGGUCGUGUGUCUGAACAAACAAAUGCAUUCAACAACAAAUCUAUUAAUUGUUAAUUUGGCUGUGGCCGAUUUACUGUUUGUGGUCUUUUGUAUUCCUUUUACGGCUGCCGAUUAUGUGGCGGACACAUGGCCUUUUGGUGACUUAUGGUGUCGUAUCGUGCAGUAUUUGAUUGUAGUCACUGCCUUUACGAGUAUUUACACAUUGGUUCUAAUGUCAAUCGAUCGUUUUUUGGCUGUGGUACAUCCCAUACGUUCACGUAUGUUGCGUACGGAAAAAAUUACCAAGAUUUGUAUUAUUACCAUAUGGACGGUAAUUUUUAUGGCUUCGUUGCCGGUGGCUAUAUCGCAUGGAGUAGUGCGCACCAAUGAUCCUGGUGUCCCCGAAUUCGAAAUGUGUCAAUUUAUGGAAACUGAUUUUCUAUCACUCUCAGCGUAUCAGACAAUAUUUUUUGCCAGCUCGUAUUUACUCCCUCUAAUGGUCAUUAGUGGUUUGUAUGUGCGUAUGAUAACUCGUUUGUGGCGACAAGGCAGCGGUGUUCGCAUGUCUGUCGAAUCACAGAGAGGACGUAAACGUGUGACACGUCUGGUUGUAGUCGUUGUGAUUGCAUUUGCAUCAUUAUGGUUGCCAGUACAGGUAAUUCUGCUGCUAAAAGCACUCGAUUUCUACCAUGCCGAUACCAAGUUAACCGUGAUUUUACAAAUUGUCGCACAAACUCUGGCAUACAUGAGUUCCUGCAUAAAUCCGGUACUCUAUGCAUUUUUAUCGGAUAAUUUUCGCAAAGCAUUUCAUAAGGCCAUAAAUUGUUCAAAUCGUUUUCAAAAUUAUUCCUCAGAUUUGCCGCCAGCACGAAAAACUUCAUAUGCCCGAACAUCAUCGACAGGUUUUUAAUUUAAGUAACUGUUAAAACGAUGUAUGUAGUUAUAGUUACUUAUGUAG